CUUGUGCUGGACAACUAAUUAUAUUUCUGCAUGUGAAGAGGUAUGUCUAGACAGAUUGUAACGUUAAUGAAAACACACGUUUGUUAUCUUUUUAAAGCAUUUGAAGUAAAAGAAACUUAUCUUAACUGAAUGCAUAGGCAAUAGGACACAAUCAUAUGCAAAAUGCUUUGUUGACAUAGCAAGCAGUGUGGGUUUGCAGACUUUAAAUUAGCGAUUGCUUAACAUUUCAAAAAUAGGAUACGAAGAGAUUUUCCUUUAAGCCCUCCUAAUGGUCUUUGCUUUUCUUUUGGCAGAUUGCAACCCAUCUGCACUUACAUCCAGCCAUGAAGGUGCCAGUUCUAUGUACGUGUCUCUUACUUGUGUGUGUUGAGCUGGCUUGUCAUUUUACCGAAGCUUCACCGUUUAGGAAGCCGGGAAAACCGAGCGAUGUCGAUGAGAAGGCAGAGCAUUCAGCACUCUCCCCAUACGGGCAAAAAAGCAUGGGCGUUUCCAUAUCUGACGUCGGACCAUUUACUGAAUCUCCAGCCUUUUUCUUCAUUGACGCCACUCUCGGCUCAAAGAAGAACACAGAAAACACAAUCCGUACCCUCCUUGGAAAGUUCAUGGACAGGGAUAAGACUACAGGCAAAUACAAAACUCACCUGGCCAGCAACACUCUAAAAAACCAAAAUUAUAAAGAAGGCCGAGCAUCACAUACAAGAAAGAGACGCUCUGUUCCUGAUGAUGAUAUGGUCCUGGUGGUAAGAGAAAACAAGAACGACAUGACGGAUUGAGAGAAGGAGACAAAGCCGCCUGGCAAAGGAAAUGUGGAGGUUCCAUUUUUAAUAAAAACUAUUUAUCUAACAGUUGGCUGAAACCAAAGAAACUUUUAAUAACUGAUUGAUAUGAUUACAUCGUAGAGAUUGAAGGGAUGAGUUUUAUCUUUUUUUCUUCGUCGUACUGUAACACACGAAAACACCACAGUCGAAAAAUAAUCUGUUCUUAAAGGACCUUGUUUUGUAAGUUCUGCGGAAAUAAAACCGUAAACUUCUCA